AUGGAGACCUAUGAUUGUAUUGUCGUCGGAAGCGGGCAUGCAGGCUCCUGUGCUGCCUUGUCUGCAGCUCAAUCCGGAUGCAAGCGCGUUCUCAUUGUUGAAAAGGCGCCUCGGGAAUGGACUGGAGGGAACGGCUUCUUUACUGCCGGUGGUCAUCGAACAACGCAUGAAGGAGUGAAGGAUUUGCUCCCAAUUGUCCAGAAUGUAUCAGCCGAACAAGCAUAUUUGAUAGACAUGGAUCCCUAUCGUGCUGAAGACUUUACACGGGACAUAAUGCGACUAUCUGGAGAAAGGUCUGACAAGGCUCUGGUAGAAGAACUUGUAAAGAAUUCUCGUGACACUGUUGAAUGGCUAGCACGAAGUAUCGGUGUGCGUUUUAUCCUUGCGUUCAACCGGCAAGCAUAUCAGGUCGGCGGUAGGCAGAAAUUUUGGGGUGGACUCGUAUUGAGCGUGGUGGACGGAGGAAAAGGACUCAUUGCUGACGAUCAUGCCGCGCUGCAAAGGGCAGGAAUAGAAAUCAAGUACGACACUUGUGCUACUGCGCUACUCAAAGAUGGAGACUCCAUCUGCGGGUUAGUCGCUACGUGCAAGGGUGCGGAUAUCACUUUCCACUCCUCAUCUGUCGUUCUUGCGUGUGGAGGAUUCGAAGCGAACCGCACCCUGCGAUCGAAACACCUCGGAGACGAGUGGUCCCGCGCUCGCGUACGUGGGACCCCCUUCAACACCGGAGACGGACUUACAUUAGCAUCCGCUGUCGGAGCAAAACUCACGGGAGACUUUAGCGGCGGAGGGUGCCAUAGCACAUGCUGGGACGCAAACGCCGAUCCAGACGCUGGCAACCGCGUCCUGAGCAAUCAAUACACAAAGUCUGGUUACCCGCUUGGCCUAAUGAUCAACGCUGCUGGGCGCCGGUUCGUUGACGAGGGUGCGGAUUAUCGUAACUAUACAUACGCAGCAUACGGGCGCGCUAUUCUUGCGCAGCCGGGUGGCAUUGCGUUUCAGGUGUAUGACAACCAGGUCAUAAAGUGGCUGCGAGAAGAAGAAUAUGCCGAUGAUGUCGUGAAGAAAGUAUAUGCGGACAGUAUUGACGAUCUCGCGGAUAAGCUAGUCGCGGAAGGUUUGGAGGGGCCAACUACAUUCGUCAGCACGAUUGAGAAGUAUAACGAAGCGGUCCACACUCACCGAGGGCUCCAUUCCGAUCUCGUCUGGGAUCCCUCUGUAAAAGAUGGUCUUUCAACAGGAGUACAGAGCACCGUUGAUCCACCAAAGAGCAACUGGGCUCUUCCUUUAACAAGGCCGCCUUUCCUCGCCGUGAAGAUCGCGUGUGGAAUCACUUUUACCUUCGGCGGACUUGCAAUAGAUCCAGAAUCUGCUGGUGUAAUCUCCGAAGAUACAGGCAAGCCGAUUCCUGGGCUGUUUUGUGCAGGUGAACUCGUUGGUGGUCUAUUCUACGGAAACUAUCCGGGAGGAAGCGGACUUACUAGUGGAGCAGUAUUUGGGAAGAAGGCGGGUAAUGCGGCAGCUUACCAUUCACGCCAAAUGAACUAGUCGUUGCGUUGAGUGGCCGAUGGCCCGAUAGUACAGGAAACCCAUCAGAGUGACAGUCAAAUGUACAAUAAGUUACAGAAUUAAA